UGAGCCCCUUCCGGCCCCUUGCAGUGACAUCUUCCCCUUUUCUUCUCUCUUCGUGCGGUGUGCAGUUUUCUCAACUGUCUGUCCUUCCUCUACCCAAGGUAGCACAGCUGCACAAGUGUACGGACGGUGCUACAAGUCAAGUCAAUAAUCCCAGCUUACAUUCGCCGACAUGCGUUUCACUCCCAUUGCUGCCGGCGCGGCCCUGUCCGCUGCCAAUGCCGCUUUCGCCAAGGAGAUGCCGAAGAACGAGGCUCUUGCUGCCGAGCUCUACGACAGCGGUGUGCUCCACGAGGAGAUUAUGAACCGAAAGAUGUCCUGGUGGAAUUCCGAGCUCGAAUCCGGUCUCCUCGACUCCUCUCAAUGGCCUCGCCUCAACUACACCCGUUGCAUCAACGGCAAGGCCGAGGCCAUUCCCGGCGACCCUCUGCACACUUUCCGCUGCAAGAACAUGGACAUCUACGACUUCAUCAACCAUGCUACCCUCGGUUCCCCCAACUCCGACCCCCAGCUGCGCACUGGCAGCACCGCCUGGGGCUGGAGCGACCCGGAGUCGGGUCGUGAGUUCAUUGCCGCCGGCCAGUACGACGGCACUUCGUUCAUCGAGAUCCUUCCCGAAGGCAGGAUGGUUCACUUGGGAAAUCUUCCCUCGUACGCCCCGACUGCCGCCCGUGCCUGGUGGACCGAGAUCCGUGCCUACAAGAACUACAUGGUCAUCGGCAGUGAGCUCGAGGGUCACGGUAUCCAGAUUUUCGACAUGAAGAAGCUCCUCGACCUCGACCCUGCCGACGGCCCCGUCGAGUUCAGCAAUGAGCACGACCUGACCGGCCACUUCAACGACUUGCCCAUCGGUUCCUCGCACAACGUCGUCGUCAACGAAGAAGCCAACUACGGUGUCGCUGUCGGUGCUCGUCCUCGCGACCAGGACUGCCUCGGCGGCCUCGUCUUCUUCGAUCUCACUGAUCCUUCGAAUCCUACCCGUCUUGGUUGCAACUCCCAGGACGGCUACGUUCACGACGCUCACUGCGUUAUCUACCGUGGCCCCCACGAGAAAUACUACGGCCGGGAUAUUUGCUUCGGAUACAACGAGGACUCCGUGACCAUCUACGAUGUCACCGACAAGGCCAACUCCUCCAUCAUUUCAGUCACCUCUUACGAAGGUGUCCGGUACACCCACCAAGGCUGGAUCCUCGACUUGAACAACAUGGAGUGGCUUAUCCUGGACGACGAACUUGAUGAGAGGGACAGAGUUGGCCCCGCCGCCGACAGCUAUCCGGUCACCUAUAUCUUCGACAUCCGCGACCUCGAGCACCCCAAGCAGACCGGCCUCUUCAAGAACGCCGACGUCAGCAUCGACCACAACCAGUACAUCAAGGACGGCCUGGUCUACCAGUCCAACUACGGUGCGGGCGUACGUAUCUGGGACGUGACCAGCAUCCCCGAGGACCCGAGCGGCGACUCGGUCUGCGAAGUCGCCUACCUCGAUAUCUACCCCGAGGACGAUGGCGAGCCGGGCGGCGGCACCGCCCAGUUCUCCGGCACCUGGGCCAGCUACGCCUUCUUCGAGUCCGGCUUUAUCUUCAUCAACACCAUCGAGCGCGGUGCGUUCCUCGCUAAGAUGACCAGGCGCGAGUCCUGUAAGCCGAAGAGCUGUAACGCGGAUAACUGCCUCCGUGCGCUCCGCUCGAGCUCGGUCCCGGGUCGUUUGGAGGAGAGCCAGGAGUUCUGCGGCGAGUUUACCGCUACCGUUAUCGCGGACGUGGCUGUUGUUCCCGAGUAUGCGGCCAGGGCGUGCCAGACCAAUGUCAUCUCCAGGGUCAGCUCGGCUUGCUCUUGCUUGCCUGCUCCCACUACCACCAGCGUGGCCCCCGAGCCUACUGACGAGUGCGUUGCUGAGGAUUAGAACAAAUAUUUGAUCUGUAGGGCUCACAAUCGAGGUUGGUAGGCUCCUUCUCGGUAGUCUUCGAGUAACAAUUAUAUCAUCCCUAUUGGCACCCAUGCUUCAGAAUUGGUCUCGUUGAAUCGAAUGUGCUGAAGGACCUU